GGCUUUGAUCACAGCAUAUCCUGAAUUUUGGGAUCCACACGAGUAAUUAUUCCCUCUCUCAUGCAUCACAACUUGGACUUGCCCAGCUUUUACCUCUCUCCAUGUUCCACCGUCGGAGAUCCUCGGUGCUGCUACCCCCGUUCGGCCAAACCCAACCCAACCCUAGGUGUCUGCCGGACCUCCGCUUCCCCUCCUGCUUCACCCCCUGCACCGCUUAAAUUUGCACCUCGUAGUAUUUAUCUAUGCCCCAUUUCAGAUGACUUGCAUGACACCCAUCUGGAUUCGUCUCCAGGCGCCUUGUCGUAUCUAUUCGCUAUCAGUCUUUCUUUCAGUCUGUCUUUCUGCCAAGCACACCGUGCUGGUGGUGGUGCUAUCAGUCGAAGCAGUCGCCGAAGGGUCCUUGUAUCCAGCCCUCACCGGAGACAGUUCGCUUCGGGGUGGGGAGAACUGUUGAGACCGUCGAUGUUGCAUGCAGCAGCACUGGCGAAGGUGCUUCUGAUACUGGGUAUUCCAGCCUCGCCGCUCGGUGCACUGCAGUAUUGCUUGGAGGGACUCUUCAGGAGUUCUGAAAUGCGAAUUGGUGGUGGAGUUGGUCACUUCGAAAUGUUCACCGUCGGAAGCUGGUUCAGAAGCUUUAGAGCUUUGUGAAACAUUGCUGGCGGCAUGUGAUCGUGGAUCGCCUUCCAUCAUCCACCUGUUCGAGUGAGAGUGUAGAUCUUCAGAACUUUUCCCAUGUAUUAUGGAAAUAUUUGUAACACAAGGUCCUUCAGACUCAGGUUCAUCUCGCUCGGGUUUUCUAGAAAGAUGAUUUAUCAAUCGUCUGUGGCUCAACUUGGAAUUGUUUGGGACUCGGUGUCACAGUUAUCAGAGGUGUCUUAAGGCAGUGAAUAAUGCCAAACCUUGAAGUUCGGAAAAAAAGUAGACACAACUGUGUUGUAAGAAUAGUGCCAUUUAACCCUUUCAUGGAUAGGAAAUAAAAGUCACGAACUGUGAGGAUUGUGGACCUCCUCGAUUGGCAUGUGCUGUGCUUCCGCAUUAGUAACUAAAUAUUUAAAAGUAUGAACAUGAAGAUGAGCACUCGGAACUGUGCGUUUGCAGUCUG